CAGGCCCGGCUUUGGCUGCUCGUCUUCCUCCGCCGCCCAUCCGAAGAGUUGCCCACGCCGCGGCGGCGCCGGCGAGUCGGCGACGGCGACGAGCAAGCCCGGGCCGGAGAGCGCUGCUGCCGCCUCCAGACGAGGGUUUUCUGGUCAUGGCGACUCCCGUGAACCAGGAUAGCAUCACUCCGGUGAACACGUGGGAGGAGGAUGAACUGGAGCUGGAAGAAGAGGAGGUAACAGCAAGCAGAUGUGACCCCACAGGCCGCAGCCAUGGCGUUGUUUAGAGUGGCAUUGUUGUUUGGGUUUUCUUUAUUAUUUUCUUUUACUUCCUUAUUAGGAUCGAAUCAGUGUCUAAAUUCUUCCUGUUUCUGCAAGGGUUUGUUAUGCAAGCGCAAAAGGGCUAAGUUUUCAGAUUCCACUGUCCGACAGCAACAGGGGAUUGAAGCUGCAGCCAUGGAUAUGGUGAUGGAGGAGGCUGCUGCUCUUUCACUCGGAGUUUCCGCUAGCAAGGAGCCUGUGCAUGUGGCCACUGGUCGUGUCGAGCAGAGCAAUUGUGGAGCAAAGCAUGCCAAUGGGACUACAGAUAAUGAACCAGCAAGGUUGAGACUGCAUAAAAUCUGCUCUGCAACUCACUGGAAGGAACCAUCAUAUGACUUUGAAGAACAAGGGCCUUCCCAUCUUAAACUGUUCACUUGCAAGGUGACUAUCCAUGUGGAUACAUUCACAACCACCAUUGUGGAGUGCAUCAGUGAACCUAAUCGUUCCAAGAAAGCUGCCCAGGAACAUGCUGCUCAAGGUGCAUUGUGGUACCUCAAGAUCUUUGGACACGCCAAUUAAUCUCAGACGCUCCAGGUAGUAACUUAAACGACUUCCAGGUAGCACAGUGCUAACCCAGUGUUCCUUUUCCACUCGCGUGUAUUUCAUCCACUACAGGGGCAGUGUUCUUUCUUAAUCCAAGGUUGGAUCAGUUGCUCCAUGUACAUAUCCGAAAUUCUUGCUCUACGUAGGUGUCAUCUAUCUAGUCCAGGAGAGUUCUAUGUUAUGUCGUACAUGGCCACAUGGGGUCCCUUUUUGUAUAUACUGCUACUACGUAUUUACCACUUGGGCAGAGCCAGAAAGGCCUUUCUACUAUGCUCUAUACAAUCAGUUAACUCUUUAGUAAA